AUGGUAAAGCGGGCGGCAGACGCUCACAUGGAUGUGGAGGCCCCUCCAAAUCCAGAGCUGCCUUUCGCACACCUCCGCUCCAAAACUAGCUUCGAGGCCGAGGAGCAUCCAUCCAAGUGCAUGAGGAGUGGAUCCCCGGCCUCAACUGCGGUUUCUUCGCCAGAAAUGGGGCCAACCCCAGAGGAUCGGGAUCAUGCACAUCACUCGAACCUGUGGCGGUUGCCAGUCAAGGAGCUCAAGGCCCGCCUCGAAGCAUUGGGGGCUGACCUGAAGGGCGUCACCGAAAAGACAGAGCUGGUGAAUCUGCUGGAACAGCUUCAGCCAGCCCCCAAGAAGGAGGAGGUCCCGCCGUUCGAGCUGUGA